AUGUGUAAACUAACUAGGAGAGGACGAAAAAGCGAGGUGUUUGAGGAAAAUGAGAAAUUGAAGAUAUUUUCAGUGUACGCUAUUGUUCGCAACAUUCCCAAAGCAUAUCAUGCCAGGAAUUUGCGCGAAUAUUUCUCAGAAUUCGUUGAGAAUGGAGAAUUCCGUUGCUUCCAUUAUCGACAUCGGCCGGAAAUACAGAUUCACAGCGAUGAGGCUGAACCGUCAACGUCAAAGGAUACGAAACGUUUUUGCUGUGUUGUUUCGUUCUCGGACGUUUCACAGCGGGCAGCUUUUAUUGCGCAGUAUCACAAAAAGUUUUGGACUGACAAAAAUGGCCAGGAAAUACCGCUGAAAUGUUUCAUUUUCCCUCUCAAACCCUAUGAGGUAAGUCUCGCGUAUUUGUUCAGAAUCGCUGUACUCCUCUUUGAGAAAAGUUAUAUUUUUUCGAUUUCCUCCGCAAAAAUUUGUCGGGGUUUGUUCUUUUUUUUAAUGUUUUUGAUCAGACCGCCUUCAGCAUGCGUUUUAAAAGAUUAA